AUGUGUUCGGUUAGCCCCCUUCCCCUCCAUACCCCCGACACCCAGCCGGACAAUACCUUCGCCUGCUGCCCUCACCUCGCCCUCUUGUCCCCCGCUCCCUCACCUCCACCGUGCCCACGGCGAGCCAUAGGCCCCCACGCCGCCCCACCUGCGGGCUUCCCGUUGCUGCGCGCCCCGCCGGGGAGUUCCUCCACCGGCCCCCAUGUGUGCCCGUUCUGCCGCUUCUCCGCCUUUCUUUUUCUGCUCCCCUUUCUGCCUCUCGCGGCCCCCCCUCCCUGCUGCCGUGCGCCUUCGCCGGGCUUCCCCCGUUCCCCCGCCCCUCCUUUCUCGCGCCUUUCUCCGCCCUCGCGCCUGCCCUCCUCCGCCCUCUCCGCCUCCUUUCCCUUGGCUGUCCCCGCCCUCUCCCCCCCCCUUUGGCUCUUCCCCCCCCUCCCCGACUACCUGUGCCACCCUCCCGCGAUCCCCCUCAAUCAAGAACACCCGUCCUCUAGCCCCCGUCUCGACACGCCUCCGUUGUCCCAAUCUUUUGCCGGCGCGGACCUCAUAGCCCACCUUAGCUUGUCAACCCCCUGGCCCCGCUGGGCCCGUCUGGAGCGACAGAACGUUAAACAGGACUCAGUCGUUCUGCAGCCGCCCCCCCUUCUCCGUGCGGCGCAAGCGUCUUUGUCCGCGCCCCCUGUGGGCCUGUUUGUGGUCGGGGUCGUGUGGGCCACACCGUCUUACCUCGUUCUCAGGCUCUUUGUUGCCCCACCGCCAGGCGCGUCCUCCAUUUGCGUCCCCACCUACCUGCUUUAUGGCCCGUCCGUCAAGCCGCGCCCGCUCAGCUCGAGGGGGUCACCUAGACAAGCGUCACUGUCACCGCACACCCACCGCACCGACUACGCACGACCAACAACCCUUCCAGCGUCACACACCAAAACACACUACAAGACACCCAAACCCCCCCUUCGUCACCCUCACCCUGACCUGAACUUUGUCCCUCCGGCUGCUCACGAGCUCCGCCGGGGAAUCCCUCUCAACCAACACCUAGUCCCGCCCCUCGUUCUGCACCACCACCCAGCGCCUCGCCUCACUUCCCCCCCGCAGCGCCGCUUUGGCCUUACCACGACUAUAACAAGCUCCCACCGUCCACCAACUACCCCACUUCCCCCGCAUAUUCUUGCAUCUCCCGCCCGUCUCUGUUCGCGUCCGCGUAGCUUUGGGGCCCUGUCACACCGCGGUCUUGAACGGGACACGGCGCCCCCCGGGGGGUCCGACUGUGUGGACAAGACCCAACCACAUCGCUGCGACACAUACGGCACGAUCUCUGUUUCCACCGAGGGGACACGAUCCACCUAG